CGAACGCAUCAGCAUGUUCGUCAUCCUCCUGAACUGCGUCACCCUGGGCAUGUAUCAGCCCUGCGUCGACGAGGUCUGCAACACCAACCGUUGCAAGAUUCUGCAGAUCUUCGACGACGCCAUCUUUGCCUUCUUCACGGUGGAGAUGGUGAUCAAGAUGGUGGCGAUGGGCUGGUCGGGAAAAGGCUCCUACAUGGCCGACUCGUGGAACCGACUCGACCUGUUCAUCGUCUUCGCUGGGGGCUUGGAGUACUGCCUGGCGAUGGAGAACAUGAAUAUCUCGGCCAUCAGGACCAUAAGAGUACUUCGGCCGCUCAGGGCAAUCAACAGGAUACCCAGUAUGAGGAUCCUGGUGAUGCUCCUGCUGGACACGCUGCCCAUGCUGGGGAACGUCCUUCUGCUGUGCUUCUUCGUCUUCUUCAUCUUCGGUAUCGUGGGCAUGCAGCUGUGGGCGGGCAUGCUUAGGCAACGUUGCUUCAUCGACAUUCCCGAGAACGUGACGCCGCAGCAAAAAGUUGAUGUAAUUUAUUACAAAGAGAUCAAGGCGAAAACCCGGUUCGACCUUGUGAUUGAGCCUGUCGGCGGCUUAGAGCUGGAACUCAAAGAUUCCCCAAAGGAACAUGUCUUUGAUCUGGACCAGAAAAAAGACCAUUCCAUCAAAACCAAGACGAUAAAUAAAUGA